UGAUUGGGAACUUUAGGAAUGCAGCAAAGUGUUUAAAUUGCCCACAGGAGGUUAGAGAUGAAUUGAGAAAUUACAUGGAGGAGAAAAAAUUAAGAAAGGAAGUCUAUACUAAUGAAUUUUCUAGAUUUGAUGAGUUUGAUUAUCAAGACGAUGUCGGUGGAGAAGAUGAAGUCCAAGAGAUCAUUCAUAAGAAAAGAGGUGGAGGAAAGCACUAGUAAGAAAUUGGCCAAAGGAAAGGGACCCAUGGAUGUGUUUCUACAAAGGCAAGGAACACUUAGGCAAGCAAAUAUCAAAGAUUCAUGUGAUAAAGAAGCAAGAGCAAUGACAAUUCAAAAAGUUGCUCGCUUAAAAAGUUUUAAGGAAGCAAUUGAGGCGGUAGGAAGGUAUGGUCCAAACUUGAAGCCUCCAAGUUACCACGAAUUAAGGGUUCCGUUACUUAGGAAGGAGGUUGAGUUGACCAAUGAGAUUAUAAACAAACAUAGACAAGAAUGGCUGAAGUAUGGAUGUUCCAUUAUGGCGGAUCGAUGGUCAGAUAGAAAACAAAGAACUUUGAUAAACUUUUUGGUGAAUUCUCCGUAUGGAACAGUGUUCAUGGAGUCGAUAGAUGCUUCCUCAUUUGUUAAGACUGGAGAGAAGUUAUGUGAAUUGCUUGAUAGAUGGAGCGCGUUGGAGAGCAGAAUGUGGUUCAUGUUAUAAGUGAUAAUGGCAGCAACUUUGUGUUGGCUGGCCAGCUCUUACAGAGAAAAAGAAGACAUAUAUAUUGGACUCCGUGUGCAGCCCAUUGUAUAGAUCUUAUGUUAGAAGACAUCGGGAAGAUUCCAAACAUUAAGAAGACCCUUCAAAGAGAAAUCGCCCUUGUCGGUUUCAUUUAUGGGCACUCAGGAGUCUUAAAUAUGAUGAGAGAUUUCACAAAAAAUAAAGAGUUGGUGAAAUGUGGGAUUACUCGAUUUGCAACAAGUUUUCUGACUUUGCAACGGUUGCAUUGUCAAAAAACUAAUUUGUGAGCAAUGUUUACAUCUGACAAAUGGAUGAUUAGUAGAUGGUAUAAGUUACCAAAGGGAAAAUCUGUAGCUCAUACCGUCUUGAUGACAACAUUCUGGAACCAGGCUGUGUAUAUUUUGAAAAUCAUGGGGCCUCUUGUUAAAGUGUUGCGAUUAGCUGAUAAUGAGAAAAAACCCGUAAUGGGGUACAUUUAUGAAGCCAUGGAUAGAGCUAAGGAGGCUAUUGCAAAGGCAUUUGAAGGGAAUAUUGCAAAGUACAAAGAUAUCUUUAAGAUUAUUGAUGAAAGAUGGCAAUGCCAAUUGCAUUAUCCAUUACAUGCAGCUGGACAUUAUCUAAAUCCAGAGUUCUUCUAUCAAAAUCCAGCUAUUGAAAAUUGUACAGAAGUAACAGAUGGGUUGUAUGCUUGUAUUGAAAAAUUGGUUGCAAGCACUGAAGUUCAAGACAAGAUUAUGUCGGAGAUACCAGUGUACACUAAAGCUGAACAACAAUUUGGCCUUCCGAUUGCAAAAAGAUCUAGAACAACAAGAUCUCCUGUUGAAUGGUGGAAUUUAUAUGGUAAUUCGGCUCCUCAUCUCCAAAAAUUAGCUAUUAGAAUUUUGGGUUUAACGGCUAGUGCUGCUGGAUGCGAGCGUAAUUGGAGCGUAUUUGAGUAUAUCCAUACCAAAAAAAGGAACAGACUGGAGCACCAAAGAUUGAAUGAUCUGGUGUAUGUCAAGUACAAUCGAGCUUUAAAAGCCCGUUAUGACUUGCGGAGUGUUAUUGAUCCAAUCUCUUUGGAUAACAUUGACCAUAGUAAUGAGUGGUUGGUUGGGAGGAUGGGCGUUAAUCUGGAAGCAGAAGAUGAGUUGGUAUUUGGUGAUGAUAGCUUGACUUGGGGUGAUGUUGCAAGAGCGUCGGGUAGUGAGGACGUCUUGACAUAAACAAGGCGACAAAAGAGACAGUUAGGAGUUACGACAGCUAAUGCCUCAAGCUCCCGAACUCCACAUGUUGAGUCUUUUGACAUAGAAGAUGAGAUUAUUUCUGAUGAGUCAGGGGAAGAAGAGAUUGGAGGCUAUAGUUCUGGUGAUACCAAUGAGGAUCACCCUAUUGAGGAAGAUUAUAUGGAGGAAUAUUAUUUUAGUGAUUAGAAGUAGAAUCAAGAUUGGGUUUAUCUUUCCAUAUUAAGACUUAAGUUAAUGAUUUGAUGAACUUAGGCUUAAUUAUAAGCAAUUGAGGAAGAUUAUAUGGAGGAAUAUUAUUUUAGUGAUUAUUAGAAGAAGAAAUGUAGAAUCAAGAUUGGGUUUAUCUUUCCAUAUUAAGACUUAGGUUGAUGAUUUGAUGAACUUAGACUUAAUUAUAAGCAAUAUAUAUUUAUCAUUUAUGUCUAUUAUGUUCUCUCUCUCUCUCUAUAUAUAUAUAUAUAUAUAUAUAUAUAUAUAUAUAUAUAUAUAUUUAAAAUCUUCGUAGUGCGCUUUUUUUCAGUGAAGCCCGCGCUUUAAGUGCGCUUUGCGCUUAAAGCUCCAACAGGGCUUCAACGCUUUUUUGCGCUUUUCGCUUUUGACAACACUGCUCCUUACUAUGUUGCUCUAAACGUUUUCUAAAGAACACCUGAACUUCCUCUUGCUUCUAGCCUUGGAUGUCCCUUGUGUACCUUAUAUUCCACGAUGCUCCUUGAUCCUUCUACACCACCAUUUGCAAUGAAAAUAAGGGGAGAGUUAGGAACAUAUUUCCUCUAUUUUUUUUUCUUUUAUGGGGGGGAUUGACAGAGAAGAUAAUCUGCAAGUGAGUUACACUUUUGCAGCGCUGUUUGAUAACAUUUCUAGAGUGGAACUUCCAUGUUUACUCCGAAAAUAUGAAUGAUCAUUCUGCAGCAAUUUUACUCUGUUCAGCUUACUUCCCUACCUAAAUGUUUACUGUUCGAUGACAAACCAUAAGAAGGUGAAUCCUGAAUUUAACACUCAUAUUUUGAUUCCUCGUGUCUUGUGCGUGAAAUCAA